CUUUAAAGUUGAACCAUCACAUGAAGGUACAAGUUUAAGUUGUACCAUAAAAGAAUUUGUACAAAAGAGUAUAUGUACAACAAUCUAAAAUUGUAUCAUAACGUUAAAGGUACAACUUUAAGUUGUACCAUAAAGACAAAAAAUUAUAGCACCAAUGCUAUAUAGUCGUAAAAUUCCUCAUAUUUGAUUAUUUAUCACAAUUAUACCGCUUUCUUGAGUCAAUUCACUUUUUAUAGGAUAAAUCAUUAAUUAUCUAAAUCAUUCGAGUCGAUUAACAAACAAAUUCCAUCAGUGUCUCAUAUGUGUUCAUUUUUCAUGUUAAGUAUCCAGGACUCCGAUCCUUGACAAAUAUGAUGUUCAUUCAUGGGCUUUUCAACAACAACAACAAAAAGUCGUUGGUGUACCUUUCCAGUAAUGUGUUCGUAAACUCCAACUAAUUAACCCGAGAAAUUUUACAAUGCUGUAUAAUAUUGGUGCUAUAGGUUUUUGCUUUUAUGGUACAACUUAAAAUUGUACAUUUACGUUAUGGUACAACUUCAGAUUGUAUCUAUACUUUUUAUACAAAUUCUUUUAUGGUACAACUUCACAUACAAAUUGCUUUAUGGUACAACCUAAACGUAUACAUUUAAUAUUAUGGUACAACUUUAAAUUGUACAUUAAAGCACCAAUACUAUAUAGCAUAGUAGAAGCGCUCUUAGCACAAAACUGUAACCUCAACGUGAAUAUUAAAGGGUGGCGUUUAUGUUUAACUACCACUCAACUAAGCGCGUUUUGCGCCUUCGUAAUUAACUAUCCAUCCACUCAAUAGUUACUCAGGAAAAGGUGGUGCUAGCUCAACAAUGUUAAUAAUCUAAUUUACGAGCUAAUGAAGGAAUCCACCAACAAAGAGGAGAAUUGGAAGGUGGAGUCGAACACACGCAAAGUCACCACGCCACGUCGCCACCGGCCUUCCCAAAGACGAGCGAGCUAACGUGGCAGUCCGAGCUGGACAUUCCAACCACCUCGAUUGGGCCAUCAAGACGACACGUUGGCGGGUACAGGCUGGCACUUGGACCCCACAUCGCGACUCCGUUGCGUUACUAUUCACGCCCUUUGUUUCCCCUCACAACACAAGCCUAUUUAUUUAAAAAAAAUUAGCCUAUUUAUUUAAUUAGUUACUCAACAAUUAAUUAAGAAAUUGAAAAAUACCUAAUUACUACAGUAUAAUGAAGUAAAUAAAUAAUUAAUAAAAUGGAAGGGGGACAGGGCAGGAAAUAUAAAUAGUGGGCGGGGAAGGAAAGAGGUACCGGGUUGAGUCCAAGAACAAGAAGGCGUGCUUUGCGCUUCCAAAAACAGAGAAAGAAAGUAAAAGAGAGAGAAAGGGAGCAAAUUCCCCUAAACCAAGCAAAACCAGCCAGCCAGCUAACAAUAGAGUGAACAGAGGUUGAGUUUGGUGGGCGUGUUGUUGUUUCCAGGGAGUGAUUUCUGGUUUCGGUGCAAGACGGCAAAAGAGGAGAAGGAGGAGUUUUCAGGCGAUCUGCUAGUCCUAAUUUGUCCGCUUUGAUAAAUCUUCCACAGAGGGAGAAGGUGUUUCGCUUUGCUCCGCAGCCUCUUCAGAUUGUCUCUUCUUGUUCCUGUUCCUUCUGCCCGCAGAAGGGAUUCGGGUUUAAAAGGGAGAGGAAGAAGCAGAGUUUCUCAACAAAAACAGCAGCAUAGUCUCAGAAGAAGGAAGUCCCAGAACAGAAGACAGAGUUUACAAGGCUCUGUUUGUGAGAUCAGCAAGACGGUGGAGAAAACAGAUAAAAUGGAGUGGAGUGCUUGUGUAGAUGAGUACGAGAAGCUUGUUAUCAGGAUGACUACUCCUAGGGUAGUCAUCGACAAUGCCGUUUGCCCAACUUCCACCGUCGUCAAGGUUGACAGUGCUAGGAAACAUGGCAUUUUACUCGAGGCAGUUCAGGUCCUCACGGAUCUAAACCUCUCCAUUAAGAAGGCUUACGUCUCCGCUGAUGGAAGAUGGUUCAUGGAUGUUUUCCAUGUAACCGAUCUCAAUGGAAACAAGCUAACCGACGAGAGCGUUAUUAACUACAUCGAGCAGUCUCUGGGUUCAGUUCACUACGGCCAACCCAACGAUUUCAGCGGUUCGACCGCUCUGGAACUGACUGGAACCGACCGGAUCGGACUGCUCUCUGAGGUCUUCGCUGUGUUAUCCGACCUUCAAUGCAGCGUCGCCGACGCCAAAGUCUGGACACACAACGGCAGGAUUGCUUCUCUAAUCCAUGUGAAGGACUCCAACUCCGGUGCCCGAAUUGAGGACGUUCAGCUAAUCUCUGUAAUUGAGGCCAGGUUGAGGAACGUGUUGAAGGGCGACAACGACAUCCGGAGUGCCAAGACCUCUGUUUCAAUGGCAGUCACCCACACAGAGAGGAGGCUUCACCAGAUGAUGUUCGCUGAUCGCGAUUACGAGAGGAAGCCCAUCUUGGAGAGCGUUCCUACGAAUUCUCCUGUGGUGGUCACUGUCCAGAACUGGGUCGAGAGAGGGUACUCGGUGGUGAAUGUUCAAGCCAAGGACCGUACUAAGCUGCUGUUCGACGUGGUCUGCACAUUGACUGACAUGGGGUACAUUGUGUUCCAUGCCACUGUCAACACCAUUGGAGACAGGGGAUACUUGGAAUUUUACAUUAGGCAUCAAGAUGGCACUCCAAUUAGCUCGGAGGCCGAGAGGCAACGAGUGAUCCUAUGCCUCGAAGCUGCAGUCAAGAGAAGAGCGUCGGAGGGAGUGAGGCUCGAGCUGUCCACCUCAGACAGGCAAGGGCUUUUGGCGGAUGUGACGAGGACUUUCCGAGAGAACGGGUUGAAUGUGACGAGAGCAGAGGUGUCGACGAUGAAGGAGACAGCACAGAAUGUGUUCUAUGUUACAGAUGUCAUGGGGAAGCCGGCAGAUGGGAAGAUCAUCGAGUCGGUAAGGGAGAAGAUCGGGUUGAGUUACUUGCGGGUGAAGGAACUGCCCUCCUUGGUGUACCACAAGGAAGGUGGGGAGAGGGAUGAGCAGGCGGUUGGUAUGGCUGGGACUGUGUUGCUGUCGUUGGGAAGCAUGGUGAGGAAGAAUCUGUACAAUUUGGGGUUGAUUCGAUCUUACUCAUGAAGGAUGUUGGUUACAAAUUGGGGAUGGUUAUUCUUUGCUUGAGGUUUGUGAUUUGUGGGUUUGUGUACAUAAUGAGAAAAGGGUUUGGGGCCAAGUGAGUGGGGAAUUUGGUGAUAGUAAGUAGCUGUAGUGGUUGUUAUGGUUGGUUGAAUAGAUAAGAGAGAGGGGGAAGGGGGUGAUCCACCAUAUUAAGAAGGCAAUAUAUUCUUGUGAUUCUUUAGAGAAAGAAGAAAAGGGAGGGUUUAGUUUGAAGGUGAAAGAUUUGAUAUAAGAUUGGGGGAAAAGGUGAUUAUGGGUGUCUUGUGAAGAUGAAGAAUUAGUAUUAUGGCUGGAAAAAGAAAUUUAGGGUUUAGAUAUGAAGAGAUAUGGCAGCUGCUUCUCUAGAUUAUUAUAUAUAUGAAUGAAUAGAGAGAAUCACACAUUUGUACAUAACGAUCUUCUGUUGAUAUUUUAAUGAGAGUUGACUUGAUUGUUUUCCUACACAACAACAUUCUUAUUCUUGCAAUGAUAUGGGAUGGCAUGUAAUACGAAAUAAUUGGGGUUGACAAAGAUUACAUUCAAGCAUGAUGCGGAACUCCCUUAAUUCAACAAAUAUUAUUCUCAUUUCUUAUAUGUUCAUGAUUAGGAGCGGUUGUAAAAUAACGCUAUAACCUGUAGUAUUAAUCAGUCAAUCCAAUUUCAGAGAUUACAAAAAAAUAUUUUUCACUAGCCAUUAUGUUUAAGUAGAGUUUAGAUAUCGACAAGUUGUUGAAUCAGGUCCGCCAUGUUGAUAAAAUUCAUCUAUAGAACUAUCUUUCUAAACCCGAACUCAUGCCAGUUUGAGAAUGAUCAUUCCCCCCCAUCCCUUCUCUUUUAACAAGGGAUGAAAGAGCCUUUGCUAUAUAAUUUUCUCUAGAUGCUGCUCCCCUUUGCUGUUUCCUUUCUUUUCUUGUCAAUAAAUGAAGUUGGAAAAAUUUCACAUGAUCAAGUGAGCCUUUGAUCCUGAGAAAAGAGAGGAAGGUGGGUCAUGAAUGAUGGGUGGUAGAUGCAUAAUGGUGGCAACAAGUAAGGAAUAAGGGAAUAAUAUUGCAAGCAAGAGGAAGGGUGUGGUAAUGGAGUAGGUAAAAGUGUAGGUGAAUCUGAAAUUAAUAGUGAAAAUGACUUUUCUUCAUUGUUUCUUUGCCUUUGCAAAGAUUGCUGUCCAGAUCAUACACAUAUAUAGCUGGCUGGGAUACUAUUGUCUUGUGGGCGCAUGCACCCAACAACAUACAAACUACUUUAACCACGCUGUGUGGAAAAUUAUACGAGUUGUUUGCUUCGUGAAUGUGAAAAAUAAAGGUUUUAGUAAAAUCUGAGUUUUGAAAAAUUGUAGAUGUAAGGAGGUUUUGUGUUUAUUAUGGACUUGAAAAACAUAAUUGUUUGUUUCAUAGAUUUAAUGAUAGAUUUUGUGUUAAUUAGAUUUGUAUGUAUAAAGUGAAAUUUAGCUUUAUUGUCUUCUGUGGUAUAUGAAGAGAAAGAAAAUAAGAAGGAUAAGUUGAUACAAAUGAUAGACUUCAAAAUUCAUGAUUAAUUCGCAACUAAAGGAGUGAGAUAUUCAAGUCCGUGAGGCGACAAAUUUGGACAAUCUAAAUCCGCGGAUCUCACAGAUUUAUUGCCAAUAAAUACACAAAUCAAACAAUAGAAUUUAUAGAAAGCUCACGAUGAAUCCAAAUCUAUCCUCAAAUCCAUCACCAAAACAAACCCGUAAUUCCAUGUCCAUAGUUUUGGUACUUAGUAGGCUACUUUCCCAUAAAAUUUCCGGAUUUCCCCCAUGGAUUCACGAUUUGCAUAACCAAGAGAAUGGGAAAAAAAUACCACCAUUGGCGAUUUGGUGUCUUGGUAAUAUUGUACUAUAUGGUCUAAAAAAUAUCAAUUGUGAGC